AUGACAACCAUCGCGCAAGCACGUCCUUCGUUGACGACAAACGAUGCCGCUGUCCUUCAAGCACUAUUUGAUGCUGAAUCCUCACCUUCAUCCGGCAUCACCGUUGACUCAUCGCUUCCCUCCUGGCCGGCAACCGUAAAUAUCUCCGAAGCCGACCUCAGCACUCUGAGGAGCCAGGAGACGGAAAUCAUUCACAGGCUUCAAGCGAGCGAGUCCCCAAGUCAAGAGACAAUACAGGAGGCCCUCGAAGCACUGAACUCUCUUUUGGAGCGAUACCCAACCUACCCCUCCGCAUACGCCAACCGCGCUCAGACAUUACGCCUCCUUGUCGACCCUAAAUACAACGAGAAUCCCCAUGAAAAUACCGAAUCCAUUGCAGAUGAUUCGCUUUUUACUCCACAGGCAGCGCAUCUAUCAUCCAAGAUCUUUGCGGACCUAGGCGAAGCCAUCACGCUUGCCACACCAGCCUCGCCCGCAGACCCAGUCUCCACGGUGCAGGCACGAUUAUUAGCCGAUACGCACACACACCGAGGCUACCUACUGUUGAAAGCAGCUCGAGUCAAGAAGACUCGCUCUGACCAGGAAACAGAACCAGUUGGACCGGAGCGUCUGCGUGGGCUUAGCGCUGAUCAGCUGGAGGAGAUGGCGAGUCGAGAUUUCUUCUUUGGUGGUCGGUAUGGAAACAAAGUUGCACAGCAGCUCGCUGUGCAGACAAAUCCGUACGCGAAGAUGUGCGGGGCGAUUGUGAAGGAGGCGAUGAGGAAGGAAAUGGAGGGUUGA